AUGGCAAACACACAGGCCCAAAGGGGCGAAUCUAAAGAUUCAUCUAAGAUUGAUUCUUUGAAAGAACUAAAUUCGAAGCUCUUAGCCGAGAUUACUAAUCUUAGAAAGGAGAAUGCCGAAAUUCCCGAACUUAGAAAAAAAUUUUCCGAAGUUGAGGCCGAGAACAAUGAACUUAAAGCUGAGAACGUAAUUGAUCAAUCUUCAGUCUGCGAAGCAGGAUACUCUGUAUCUAAUAGCACCUCCAACAAAAUGGAAAAUUCUGACUCACGGAGUGAGGUUGCUAUCGCAUCUGAACCCAGUAGCCGGAGGUUAUCUCACGCUAAUGUUUCGGCAUCUGAUAUAUCCGACAAUAUUUCAAAUCCUGAUAUAUGUCAUGAGUCCCCAUCCCGAUAUCUCGCAUCACCUAUUCGCACAGAGACUGUUGUAGAGCAACGCCAUUACCAUGACAAAUCAUCAGAGGACAGGGAGAUGGACGACUUUCAUGAUUCAGUAUAUAAGGAGAGAGUUAACAAAGAGAUAAUUCAGAGCAUCGGAGAAAAGAAAAUUCGGGAUCAAGAAUCACUUACAACACUUCCUGAAGAGGAAAGGCCUCAAGACCUCAACUUGGAUGCUCAGUCACGCAAUAACACAUCAUCCGAAGUAUCGGCUAAUUCAGAUGAAAAGUUGCCUCUAGUAACAAAUCAUGUGACCAAAAUUUCCGAGACAUUAUGUCCCGGAAAAAUCUUAUCUGAAGAUUUAUCAAAAACAGAGGUAGGUGGACCCAAUGAUUCUUUAGGCUCGAAGAGUCACGGCUCUGCCAUAGAUUCUAACUUGGAAGAGUCGGAGACUCGAAGCUUUGCUUCAUCACCUGAUGAUAAUAAAUCCUACGAUGGAGACACUAAUGAUAAUGGCGAUUUUGACGUGAACCAACUUCCAGUUGAGAAUUUCUUUGAUGAUGACUCACGGGGUGAGGAUGCUAACGCAACUAGGGAUAAUGAAAAUGAUGACGAAUUCUCCGAUAACAAUGAAGAGGAAGAUGAUGGAGGAUAUUGUGGUUUCUCUGACGAUGAUGAAGGAUAUUAUUAUGAUUUAAAUACCGGUGAAACUUAUACAAAAUCGGAAUAUCGUUAUUCAAUCCGCGCAUAUUAA